GCGGGUGUGGCAAGCUGGGACACGUGAUGUGUGCCUGGAAAUCGAGGCACCAGUGGAACCAUGGCCUGAGGAAUGUGCCAAGCAUCCCGAUGUCUACAGCAAAAAGCGCCUUGUUUGCAGCGAUCUGGGGAACACUAUUGCUACCAAGAAAAAGGAAACCCUGAUUGUGAGGCUUGAUAUUCCAGAAAGAAAGUAGAUCUCACGUGAGUAAAUAUGCCUUAUAUGCAUAUUUCCAUGCCCAGCACCUAAUGUGACGUGGCCACGGGUGGUCCACCCUUCGUUGUCUAGAUGGCUUUGUUCUGUCACCAAAGACACAAUCCUGGCUAUGUUCUCAACAGUUAAGUAUCCUGUUGGGGGCAGUUGCGCAGCUCAAAUUUCGAUUGCUGCCUCAUCGCUAUCAUCAUGGGUAAAUUCCUGACGCCCAAGCAAACAGACGAACUGCACAAAUCGAUAGUCGCUUACCUUCUAUCGAUGAAUGCUGUCCAGAGUGUUGCUGCAAUUACUGAAGAGCUUCAAUUUACCGAAGUCCCGGACCAGGCUUUCCGCCAGAAGUACGUUGGGGCGCUAGAAAGAAAAUGGUCUGCCAUUUCUCGGAUCCAGAAAAGGGUAUUAGAUCUAGAAGCUGAGAAUCUAACUCUUCGAGAGAAUGCGCACUCCACGGCUGUGACAAGUCGGUCAAAACAAGUCCAAGACCCUGUGAACUGGCUUCCAGGCCGUUCAGCCACACAUACUCUCCAAUCGCACCGGUCGGGUGUUACCUGUACUGCAUUUCAUCCAGUUUUCACUGUUCUUGCGUCCGGAUCUGAGGAUUGCACAGUAAAAAUAUGGGACUGGGAGCUUGGUCAAAUGGAGCGGACGCUCAAAGGACAUACGAGGGCUGUCUCCGGGGUCGAUUUUGGUGGACAGCCAGACCAUGUUGUGCUAGCAUCAUGUUCAAGCGAUCUUACCAUUAAAAUUUGGGAUCCAAAUAAGGAUUACGCAAACACACGCACGCUUUCUGGGCAUGAUCAUACUGUGUCGACGGUGCGGUUCCUCACGCCCACUGGAAAUAUUCUUGCAUCUGCUAGCCGAGAUGCUUCUAUCCGACUCUGGGACGUGUCUACCGGAUAUUGUAUCAAAACUGUGCAAUCCGAUGGUGCCUGGAUCCAGGACAUAUCUCCUUCAUAUGACGGGAGGUGGCUGGUAACUGGCGGGCGCAAUCAAACAGCCACAAUCUGGGAUGUUUCAUCCGGGAAAGCUAUUGCGAAUUUAUUUGGCCAUGAUAACCACCUCGAAUGCUGCGCAUUUGCGCCACCAGCAAGCUAUCCAUAUCUAGCAACCCUAGCUGGACAGAGGAAAUCCGUCGGCGAAAGAGUAGAGUUUGUGGCGACAGGAUCCAGAGACAAAACAAUCCAGCUUUGGAGCUCACGUGGAAGACUCGUAAAGACGCUCGUCGGCCAUGAUAACUGGGUACGGGGGCUGGUUUUCCACCCAGGUGGGAAGUAUCUAAUCAGUGUUGGGGAUGACAAGACAGUGCGAUGUUGGGACCUUUCCCAGGAGGGACGCUUAGUGAAGACUAUCGAAGGUGUACAUGGGCACUUUGUCAGUUGUAUUCGAUGGGUCAGCAUCAUCCCUAAGUCAUGCAAGCAGACCGUCCAGUCACCCUCAAGGACCACGAGAAAAGAUAUCCCAUUAACUGACUUCCGGUGCGUCUUCGCAACCGGGAGUGCGGACUCUUGUGUUCGGGUUUUCAUGUAAACCCCAGGAUUUGGUUUUUAGGGCUUGAUCACUAUAAUGGAGCUUUGUUGGGGGGUUCAUGAAUACCUACAUAGCCAUCCUAU